AUGCCGGAAAAUGGGUGGGAGAGAAAAAAAAUGAGAGACGGCUAGUUGUAUGUAGCCUUGGACGAUUCACCUGGAUGGCUCGUGCAUCAGGAAACGCGAUCAGAUCCUAAAUCAGACCUUUAAACCUCGAUCAGACGGACACGGUCGGAAUAACGCCAUGCAGGACUCCACUCCGUAUUGUGGUUACCCACCAAACUACUGGUAUGCUCCUCCAACCGGACCGUACAGCAACGCAUACCCGUCUGGGGCCGAGAUCAACGGUCAAGCGCCGUACAAUCCACAGGUACCGAAAAACAUCGGAAUAUUUUCCUUAUGUGAGGCAAUGCCGGCGUACCCGAACGGAGUGUAUAACCCGGGUCAGUACGCACCCAAUGUCCUUCACCCUUCCAAUCCGUUCUACUGCAGCGAUCAGAUCCCUCCCAGACAGCCGCAGUACCACAGUCAGGACCGAACCCCGGCCAGCUCACCUCAGCCCCCAUACCCUGUACCACACUGCCAGGGGGCUCCUGGAUUCCCACCCAGCUCGUACCCGCCCUACGGAGAUGGCUGCCCCCCUAAUGCCCCCUACCCCGCCCAGCAGCCUGUACCAUCUUGCCCUCAGCCUGAACCCUGGCCUCAUUCAGCAGGAUAUGGGCCCCAAGCGCACUUUCCCAACCACACACGCCCUCCACACCCUCCACCCUGGCACGGGCCCGCUCCUCCUCCAUACGACCACAUUAAGCACAAAGAACCGCCGUAUCCAGGUCAUCUGAACAACCGGAACCAAGCCAAACCUCGCCCCAGCACGCCCAACUCCAGCCCCGCCCCCAACCCACCUCCAAACAAACCGGUGGAGUUCAGCGCCCCGGCUCAGAUCUACAACAAGACGUCCUCCGGAGGCGGGAACCAGCCCAGACCCCCGCCGCAGCAGAGGGACCCUCCCCCGCCCGUGCCGCAGCCAGCGAUCAGCGAGAACCCGGGCCUGGCUCGCGUGCAGGAAGUCCUGGCCAGGGUCCAUCUGCUGCAGGAAGACGUGGACGAGUUUGUGGGCAAAAAGACGGACAAGAGCUACCGCUGUCUGGAAGAGCUGCUCACCAAAGAGCUGCUGGUCCUGGACUCGGUGGAGACCAACGGCCAGGACGCCGUGCGCUCGGCCCGCAAAGAGGCAGUGCAGAAGAUCCAGGCCAUCCUAGAUCGCCUGGAGAACAAGGCCUUCUAGAGAGCGCUGUGUGUGUGUGUGUGUGUGUUGAUGACUCUGCUUCUCUGCAGAUGUUUAUUUGUGUUAAUUAUUCUGUUUAAAUAAGCCCUAGAUGUUACGCUCACAUACAUAACCUUCAUAUCAUGAUUAGAUUUUUCAGAUUUUAUAUCAGACAUCAGAUAUUGUUCCAUCAGCACACACACUGCCAUCCAGUCUGAUCACUCACAUCCGAUUGUGUGUCUCACUGACUUCCUGCUCCUGAGUAAGCUCCUCCCUCCUCCUCCACGCUGGGUUUCAGCACUAUAAACGCACAAAGUUCUCGUCUUCUCAUCUUCCUCUUAGCUUGUUCUCAAUCACGCUAGCUUAGCGUCCAUGUAACUAAAGCAUUAGAUCGGGAGGCAGGUCUGAUCUCAGCAGCUGUGCACUUUGCUGGUUGCUGUAGGUUUGUUUCUCGGUCUUCUGACCCACCCUCUCACUGUUUUUAACGCUCCCUCGUCGACUUCCUGUCACCGUUUCCCCUCUGCUGAUUCUGUGAGUUUUGUUCUGUAUGAAAAUCAGCAGCACUGAACUCAGAAGCAGCUGUUUAUCGGUAAAGCAAUAAAUAAUUUCGUGUUUUAAUACGUUAACUUCAUCACUUGCUGUUAUCUGUUCGGAUCAUUUUCCCUUUUGUCCUUGACUGCUGUUUAACUUUACCCUAAAUGACUCUGAGGCUUCGUCUCAAAUCGUUCACACGAUAAACACUGUGCACUUGAAUCAUGAAACAAUGAAUGGAAGAAACUUCCAUUUUACACCAAAAUAAAGCUGCUAUAAAAAUACCUUUUGCUCAGAGGGUCGGCCAUUUGGGAUAGUUCCACCCGAUGGCCCCGCCCCCUUUCCCACCCAGUAGCUGUAGUAUCACUUCACCUCCAUAUUAAUAAAGCCGAACCACGAUAAGCUCGAC